CAAAAACAAUAGUGUUUCUCCAAGAGUUCGAGGUAGCUGGUUGUACUUAUUGAGGUUUCUAGUCGCGAGCAAUGGCUGGAAACGUGACUCGUAGUCGUUGGUGCUUCGUGCCGAUGUGCAAGAAUACUGACAAGAGUACUCCAGGGAAGAUAUUUGUGUCUGUGCCAAGUAAUCUAUCUAUAAGAAAAGGCUGGUGGCUCGCAGCUCGACACGAGUUUCCCAUGUCCAAGGCUCAUAUUUACUGCUGUGAAGAUCAUUUCAACCUAAAAGAAGACAUGGAGAACUACUUAUAUUACACCAUGAUGGGAGGACAUAUCAGGCUACACCCUGGAGUUAGGCCUCACAAGUUCGACUGCCAGGGGAAGAUCACACCUCAGAAUGAGAACAGGGACAGGUUGCAGAGGAAGAGGAAGAUUCUGGAGAUUCUUUCUUCAAAAGAAAACUUAAUGGAACCUCACCAAAGUCCAUAGAGCAUAUCCAGCACCUCAGCCUGACCAUGUGGAUCAGAGGAUAGAGCAUGAUGGGCAUGUUGAUCCUGAGCCACUCACCCCUUCUACACAGGACACUGGAAUACAAGUGCAGGUAACCCAUAUUGUUCACCUGAUUAUAAUGACA